ACCCCCAUCGGCCUCCGCCAGAGGGAGAAGAGGGACGAGACGGGAAAGCGCUCCAUCUGUACCACAGUCCACCUUCCAGAAGGAGGCCACCUCCUGGAAAUUGACAGAGAGUAUGGCAUUGACGGAUCCAUGUCCAAGAGGAUUGCCGAGGUGGAUCCCGUCGACAACUUUCCAAGGGUAUUCUUAACAUCACUGAAGUAUCCUGAACGUUACAAGAAAGAAGACUAUUGCGGCUUCAUGCCCUACACCCCAAAGGUAGCAGCUGCGAGGGUCCGGAUCUAAGGGGAUGGGAGAUCCCCCUCCUACCCCUCUCCAAUCCCCCUCACCAAUCCCCAUUUUCUCCCCCUCCCCCUAAUUCACACGUGAUCAGAGAAAAUUUGCCCUCAUUAUUUUUAGUCAAACAUGUUCAGCAGUGAAUUGGCUCCUCCUUGGUGAUGCGAAUGUAAAGCUUUUAUAUAUAUUUAUGCCUUUAAUUUAGACAACUAAGAACUUUAUUCUUAUAGUUACGCAGUUGUUAAUCAUAAGGUAAAAUUAAAAAAAAAUCUAUGUGUAUAGGCUUAGAUAUUGCGACUGGACAAACGGAAACAUUGCAAGGGCAGGACUGCUUCUUAACAUGGAGGUAAUGCUAAUGAAAAGAAAUCAAUUAUUGUACUUGAAGUAAUAAAAGAAAGGGCUGAAGAUCUUAAGCUGUGUCCUUCGGACAUUUCCCAAAAGGCGACAUGACCUCAUGAAUCCAAGGCGGGAGUGUCCAAAGGUCACACGUGACCUUAACUUCCGUCCCUUGCAAUGUCUCCAAUCUUUCGUGUCGGUUCAUAUCUUUAAUCUUAGAAUUCUAAUUGUAGGUUUCUCGUUCUAUUUAUUUACUUUUUUCUGGUUUCUACUGAUGCUUCAUUGCGCUAUUCAUUAACUGAAAGAACACCCUAACGCUUCUUCUUGACUAUGUGUAGUGCUAAUUCUCGUACUGGAUAUCUUUUAACCAUGAUCUCAGUGACUAGCCGUUGAAUGCUUCGACGUCCAACAAACGGAUAACAUUUUUUUAUAUAUAACACAUUUUAUUUAUCUUAACGUUUUACUCUUUCGUUUCGCUUUUUUAUUUUCACUUUUUUCGUCUGUGCUUUCACUGGCCCCUUCGGCAACUUCACACGUUCUUGCUGACAUUCUCGCGUGUUGCUUCUCUCCCCAGUAAUACCAGUUGUUUAAUUAAGAGUGAGCUUGCAUACUACGCCUUCAAUUUCAAGUAGUAACUGAAUGGAAAUCUUCGGUGCUACCAAUCUACUCGAAUGCUGCUAUUGAUGGCUCUGUCGACAUUCAUUUCUUGAAUUUAUUGCGAAGAGACUGUGCUUUGAAAUCUUGAUUUCGCCAUGACAAUGAUCCCAGAGUUGUGUGCACAGUUUUCAUUACUACGUAUCCUCCUUCUCAGUAGACUGCAUCCUUUCCUGUUCAAGUAGAUCAAAUGUUUCGAUCCCCCAUAAUAGUUCAUGUCGUACCUUUAGCUUUCCAGUAGUAAUGCUGAUUCUACCCUAAAGUAGUAGCCUAUCUCUCCUCCCCAAAUUCCCCCUGGGUGUGUUUGGAGCGGCCUCGGACCACCAUCCCAAGGGUGAUGCUAUGUGUCGGACUAUGGGAAUCGACAUGGCUGGCCUCUUGGCUCCUCACAGCCUUGAGACCCAGAACAUGGCACCAUCCGCGCUGGCAGCGACCAGACCACUUCCACCCCCAAGGGGCACUUCCCCACAGCCCAGUGCCAUCGCAGACUUCUUCGAGCCCCGCCCAUUAUCCAACCCAUCGGACUUUGAACGAGCUGCCGAUGACAUUAUUGCUAACUUCCGUGCCAGGCACGGCGUUGGUCUAGAUUCCAGGGAAGCCGUACAGCGAUUGGACGACACCUAUGGCAAAUACUCCAGCAGCUUGAGGCGAGAGGCUUCAGUCUCGUCAGCAGCUGCCACAGCCGGUGACACGAAGGCCGCGUUGACUUCGGCUCGUACUACCACUCUUAGCGCCCGCGAAUCAACCGCCACAGCGGAGGAAGAAACGGCGCAGACCUCCAGCUCUUCGCGGUUGCCUAACUUAUACCUGUCCUGGGGUUACAUGGGAGGAAAAGGAGUUCGGCCCCACUUUGCUUCUGCCAUGGGUUAGGAGGCGCAGGUAAGGAGGAUGCUGAGGAACGCCGUUGCUGACUUCUAAAUUGACGACCGCCUGAACAGGAAAAACCGAUGAAACCUCGAAAGAACAAAGCGAUAAGUCAAAUCUCCAUAUACCAGCCAUUCCAUCCACGCACGCUUUUGCCAUCCCGUGUUCAAGCGAUGGACUCCAGGCAGAAGGAAACGACGGAAACAACACCAGUGACCUGAAGCCAUCCACACUAGAGAAAAUCAAAGAUAAUUCAAAGCUAAAGAGGGGCGAACAUCUCAAAGAAAACGGACAUAGAAAACGAUAAAGGAAAAGGACUAGGCCUAUAAAUAUAUGGGAUCGAGUGUGAAAAAAUACUAUCAACACGUAUGAAAUAUACAAAUAACCCUCUUGUGUUCAGAUGGGACAUUUCCUCUUUUUGUUAUGAUUAAAAAAAAACUGCAAAGUGGCGAUUCCUCCUCUCGAUGGAGAUUUCAAAGAUGAAAAUAUGAAAAUGAUCCCUGAAGUUCAACGUAGACGAGAGACAGAAUAAUGGUGGAGAAUCAAAUCCAAGGCGUCCUUAGAAUAAAACCAACAACAGAUCGAUUUUUCUUCAUAGACGUAACAAAAACAUGGAAACCGGAAAUUCUACUUUUGCUGCACUAGGGUGUUGGCCCUGUUCCCGAAAAUACUCAUUCGGAUAGGAGCAUAUCGCCUGAGGUCACCAGCUUCAUCCAAAGCCAACAUGGCUUCCAGCUUUGUUACCUUUAUAAGAAAAAGUAAACAACAGUUUUCUAUCCAAGACAAGUAGCGAGUCUUGUCGACUUAAGGGAUUGUGUUUGUGUCCUAUCUCUUCUUACUUCUAACAUUGGAAUUUCUUAUUUUCAUUGAGUACCCCCCAGAAAUUGUUUUCUUUUGAUGUAUGUUGUUCUUAUUUAUGGUAUGAUCAUUUAUAUCUAUCUACGUGCAUUUUGUAUAUAAUAUUGGCAACCAGUUGCCUAACCAAAGGCUUCGGGUUUAACAAAAGCACUCUAGAGGAGCCAGGGUCCUUUUGGACUUCAGUUGGUGAGAACUCAACCCAGUUGGCUCUCGAAAAUUACCUUUGUUUUCAUGGAAGAAUUUUAGAUGUUGACGUAAAUUACUGUCACAAAAUGUUUUAGGAGUUACGCUGUAUUGUUUCUUCACUGCGAAUAAAUAAUACAGAUA